ACUGCAGAAGUCGCCAUGUCUGUGUCCGAGUGGUACUUUCCCGCGUCGCACCCGGCCUACCCGGGGCCCCUCGCCUCCGACGCGCUCUACCUGGACCAACUGAGCUGCGUCAGCCCGGCCUACUCCAGCCCGCCCUACACCACAGGCUCCUACGGCCUCUCCGCACAGUGCGCCAGUGCCGUGGCGCCCCAAGAAUCCGAGCUCUGGAACUCUACGGAAGGCACGAGCUGCUCCGACGGACGCCCCAGCCCCUCGUCGUCGCCCGUCAGUAGCUGCGAGAGCAUGGAGGGCGGCUCGCCACACACGUGGUCCUCGCACGGCUCGGGGCCUUCGUCGUGGUCGUGGGGCGCCCCUGGAACCACGCACCCUGUGCUGGCCGCCGUGUCCGACCUCACCGCCGCCGACUCGCCCGUCGUGGUCGCCGCCUCCCGCAGGAGCCAGUCCAAGUCGCGCCGACGGCCGCCCAAGUCCGUGGGGCGCGAGGUGAUCAAGAGGCGCCGCCUGGCCGCCAACGCGCGCGAGCGGCGGCGCAUGAACGGCCUCAACAACGCCUUCGACAAGCUGCGCGACCACAUCCCGGCGCUCAGCGGGGACCAGAAGCUGUCCAAGUUCGAGACGCUGCAGAUGGCGCAGACGUACAUCUCGGCCUUGGUGGAGCUCCUGCAGUAGCGCGCAGGAGGGGAAUGAGUAGGAUCUGGUCAGCUGGAAUGUGCGAGUUCCAGUCCACAAAGUCUUCUUCCGUCUGAGUGGAUAUUUGUGCCUCUCUCGUCGCGGGCGGAGCGUCGCGCGGGAUUCCAACCUGUGAUGCCCUUUGAGUGAAGUGUCGCCGGCAGUCAGUGUGAAGUGACAUCUCGCGCCCUGAAAAGAGCAAGACGAAAAAAUCUCCGUGUGUGAUGUUGACGGUGAAGAGUGCCCCGUUUGACCCAGAUUUGGCAGUGUCUCGUGCCCAGGAAGCCCUCCAUCUGGCAGUCAGCUCAGCGGGGCGGAAUAUUCACCGAACUGUGUCGACGUCACCGAAAUAAUAAUAGUAAAAAAAAGAUAUAUUGUCAGUGCUGAGCCACAGCGUCAGCACUCAGAGAUUAUAUGUA